AACUAUGUUUUGAAAUAACUACCGAUAUUUAGAUAACAACAUCCAUUUUAUCUCGAUUAGAUGUGUCAUUUGCUACAAUGUCUCUGGACCCAAUUAGUCUACAGCAUUCCCGAAGCACCCUGUAUACCCGAUGUCACGAUGCGACUCUUCGGGCGCGUGCUACAGGGUGUCCUGCGCCAGUCUGCUGCUCGUCGCGCUUUCCUUCACCGCCAUUCUGACCAACGUCUUCGUCGACAUUGACCACCUGCUCAGUAAGAGGGGGAGAGGAUCAACAGAAAACGCUGCAAUAACAGAACAAGUAACGGACAAUAAUGACUUUAAUGAAGCUACCACGGAAAUACCGGAUUACUAUAUUGGAUUGGACACUAACGACCAGGGGGAAGGGCAUUACAGAAGUAAGAGGUCUUUGGACUUAAACAAUCUCUUUCUUCGAAUCAAUAAUCCACAAACAAAAAGCUAUCUAACCGACAAGCUAGCCACCUUAUUAGAAGCACUGGACGGCGAUGACGUAGAAAACACAACGCCACCUCCAGAAAGCGGCAAUAUUUAUAUUAAAACAGUGAAACAGAAGAAUAAUAUAGAAAUCAAUGAAGUACAACAACCGAACGAAGAUAUUAUAUAUUUGGCUCUGCGUAAUUUGUUUCAAGGACUCACUUAUAUUGAUAUGCAUGAGUUGCUUGAUAAGAUUCAGGCGAUGGUAAGGGAUUACAAAAGAGAAGCGAGUCACAAAGAGAAUAAACAUAGAUUCGAAGACAUUGAAGAAUUGUAUUCAGAGAAUGUACAGGAGAAUAAAGUCAUGAUAAAUAAUGAACAAAAUCAGGGGAAUGCAGUGAAAAACAAAAUGGUUGAUAAAGAAGUGCAGAAAAGUUCAUAUGAUUUCAGUUAUGACACAGAAGCUUAUAAUGGAACUAAAGAAACUACAAAAUAUAAAAAUCCAGCGUAUAUAUUUGUUGAUAUAAAAAAGGACGGAGAAAAGGAAGAAGAUUCACUCGAAGAUUUACAAGGCACCAUCAAAUUAAUAUACAACGGAAAACAACUUAAAAUCAGAAACAUAGAUACAACUGAAGCAACAACACCGGCAACAACAACAAUGACGACAACAACACGAACAACAACAAUGAAAAAUAUAAAGAAAACGUCAGAUAUUGAAAUAAAACAUGAUGUCGAAGAUUUUGCUGAUGUCUUAGAAAACAAGUUUAAAAACAGGCAUUUACCAGAUACCUACUUAAAAACAAUAACCAUGGAAUAUCUUAAAAAGUUUGAAAAAUCUAACAACUCUAUGGCAGCAGUCGAAAGGAAGAAAAUAAGAAUUAAAAGAAACCUUGAAUCAUCGUAUGAGAAACAAACCGACAAAACACCUCACACGAAGGAUGAUGAUGAACUUUUUGUAGAAAUAGAAACACAUUUCGAUAAGUCUGGCAUGGAAGGAGAAAAAAAACGAAAACUAGUGAAGAGUAUUAUCGAUAAAAUACAGAACGCUAUUCGUUCAAGUCCUGAAAAUAUGCCAAUGGAAAAGAGCCAACGUGAACCGUUAUUAAAAAGAAACCAAAGUCCACUCGAUCGUGAACCUGCAGCAAGCGAACAGUUCCAACAUAUUUCUAGUGUCUACAGGGCUGUGGAUCCAAUUAGCAAAGUUAUGCCCAUAGCAGAGCCCUUACCACUAGUAGCUGAUCUACACGGCGAUAAGUGGAAAAAACCAUUUUCUAAACCAAAAUUCCUCAGUAGUUCCAAAUCGAUAAAUUCAGCCGAAAUGAAUCAAUUAACUGUUGAUUAUACAAAAGACGUGAGAUACCCUGCUAUACCUAAAAGAAUCCAACUUCCAUUGUCAAUAGAUUCGAGUCAAGAAAAUAUAAAUGCAGAGGACCUGGGUAAAUUACAGCUCCUUUUCAAAGACAUAGAAGGCACCGGGUUCGCUAUAGGGUAUAAUCAAUAUGUAGAUCAGGUACCAGAUCCAGAAAGUAUCAAGUUAUUCCACGGCAUUGAAGAUAUCGUAAAAAAGUAUCACCAGAAGAAUGAUAACCCUGACCAACUUGGAGAUAACGUUGGCGAUUAUGAAGCAUACGGACAGGAAUUGAAAAAACGCGAAGUCAGCAAUGACGAGGCACCUCUACGAACAAAACGAUUUGUCAUGAACAGACAAAACAUUAGACAGUCUGUAAAGAAAAUAAAUCACCAUCGGAAUAAUGAAUACAAUUACGACAUUUACGACAACCAUUACCGCUCUUUCAAUACAUAUAAUGAGGUACAUGAUAUUUACAAAAGAAGUACCGAGUUCCGAGGGCAUAAUUUACAUGAUAUUGUUUUAAAAGAAAAUGAAAAGACAUCAUUAAUUAACCCGCACAGAAAGAAGCGCGCAGUCGCUCUCCAGACGCUUAUGAAUUCAAAUAAGAAGAUGAGGGUCAAUAAAUACUUAAAUACAAAAGCUUUUCCAAAACAAAAACGAUACUAUACAAAAAGCAAACGUAGUAAACGACAAGUUGAUAACAACAAAGCUUUUGAUAAAACUGGCUUAGUGAGUGAAGACAGUAACAUGAUUUUAGUUUCUGAUGGAAAGAUCUAUAAUAAUAACCUUGCAGCUAGGCGAAGUCAACCACCAGAGUUAUUUUUUAUUCAAGUUAUGAAAUCCUAUCAAGAAGAUCCUUUUCUUAAAAAUAAACCCCUAUUUAAACCAAGUAUCCAACCAUACAGAUCUCGCAUACCAGAAAUAAAAAAACAAAAUCUGUAUAGUACUAAUAUAUUCUUUAAAAAAACAUCAAAUGAUUAUAAACAGAUACAAAAAAAUAAAGAAAGAAACAAAAGACAACUUCAUACAUUAAGAAUAAUAGACAGAGAUAUGGCCGAUAUGGGUCAAAGGAACUCCGACAUAUAUACAAAUCAAGCAUUCGUAGCUGAACUAGAUGGACCACAAAUAAUAAAACAGGAGCCUGAAAAAAAGGGGCCCGAAUAUCAAUUUAGUUUGCUAAAUAAUAUACCCAAUAUGUACAAAAAUUCAUACAUUUUUGAUCCUUAUACUUUCAGAAUAGCUAAUAAACCCCCUAAACGGGAACGAAAAAACGAAAAUCCACUCAUGGCUAAAUAUCCUCACGUUUUUAGAGACACUGAAAUCAUAGAAGAACAACCACAAAUAGAACCUAUACUAAAAAGUAAAGAACCGGAUUUUAAUUUUGAUACUGAAGAUUUUUAUCAGUCUCCUAAUGUACUUGACUUAAUAAAAUCUAUUCUGCCGUCUCCGAGGAAUAACUACAAAGUUAACAUUCGACUAAUACCUCGAGGUAAUGAGAAUAAAACUAAACCUGGAUUUAAAGAAUUUCGGACCACCAUAAAUAAGGAAUACAACAAAAGUGGCGUACUAUAUUCCUCACAAUUGAACUUCACCGAAAUAUCUAAAGUUGACACACCAGAUGAUAACACUAAUGGAACACACACCCCCUAUUAUCAUUUGGAGACAACACCAAGCAAUAACGACCCUACCAAUAGUGUUACAACGACUAAACCCUGUGAACCUACAAAAGAAGGUAUCAAAGACCAAAGUUUAUUAGACAUUAUAAUACCGUCAAGUCCACAUAGAACAUUUCAUCUGAGUAUUGCUGAUUUAGGUAAAUUAUUAUUUAAGGCGGUACAAUCACAAAGCUCAGACAUGCAAACAGAAAAAUAUUUAGAAAAGACAACUAUGUCAACAACAACAAUAGAGCCGACUACAACAGCAACAACUAUCAAAGAAGAACCUUCAACUUACGCAAGUACAACCGUUGAUCCUUUAAAGAUAAAACUACUCAAAGCAAUGACACAGAAUAAACAACUGACAAGCCAGAUAUUGAAUAGAAUAGACCAACAUACUGAUAUCCUACAAGCGUACUUAUCAAAGAUUUCAAACGAAAUAGCAAAGAUCCCUAACAUGUAUACAACUACAACUCAAACGAUCCCCGUCAAACAGACUCAAAGGAUCCCUGUUGCACCAAUAUCAAUUAAAAAAGAAGCACCAAUACGUCGUCCAAAUGUUGUAAAGGUAGCGAAUGUAUUACAUUCGUUAGGGAAAAAACCGUGUGAUGCUGGAAAGAACAGAGGGUAUGCCCAUAAGCGACAUCAGUAAUGACCCAAAUCAAAUAAGACAAGCAAAAUAUUUCAUGGAUGAUGUUUUUUUGGGUAAAACAGGUGUUCCCAAUAAUAUAGCAGCUACUGAGGCUUAUAAUACAGAAGUAACGAAUGAAAUAGAGACAAGUAAGCUCAAAAAUGCAAUUGCACAAAAUAAAAUUACUCGUUAAUAACAAGUAUGACUAGUGCUUUGUACUUUUGUAUAUAAUUUGGAAGUUAUUUACUGAAUUUUUAAUAAAUAAGUUACUAAU